GAAAGUGGCGGUACAGUGAGGUGUGUGGCUGAGCUUUAGCAGAGCAUCGACAUCACUGAGUCCUCAGACCGUCCGUGUUUAUUCACCACAGUUUUGGGGGGAAAAAGGUACUUUUUUAAUCGACAUGGCCAAAAGCAGCUCCUCCAGCUCCACCAGGAGGUCCCUGAAGAGCUUGUUCUCCAAAAGCGAGGUGAACCUGAAGGAGUCCGCAGAGAGGGAUGAACAGAGCCGCUCCAGAACCCUCAGACUGUUCACCUGGAGGAGGAAGAGGAAGACAGCAGGAGACAAACAGGCCUCAGACACCACCAGAGUGGACUCUCCUGAGGCUGAUGAAGAGGACUGGCCUGAUGCUGACCAGAAGCCAUCAAUUUACGCCACUGCCCCAAGGUCAAAGAAGGGGCUGCUCAGUAGCUCUGAGACUGACCUCCACAAGCCCAAGCGCAUCUCCUCCUUCUCUCUGGGCUGGAGGAGGAAGAAGAAGAACGCAGCCCUCUCCCAGAGUUUCGCAAGUAGAGAUCAUCUCAGAGAGCAGCAAACUGAAGACCAUGUAGACCAAGUUGAAUUCAGCCAGCAGGUCCAGUGUGAGGUAGUGGAACCUGAAUUGAGACCCAGUCUUAUCCCCACUGACCAACCCCACCGCCAGAAUGUCCACCCUGAGGAAAUUAUGGAAGGUGCCAAAGGUUUUAUGCCAGUUAACAUUGAUAGCACCUUAAUUUCGUAUAUUGAUUCUGACAGCGAUGGUUAUCAAACUCCUCCAGAAAGUCCUGGUUUAGUUCCUGAGGCGUUUGUUUUUGCACAUACUGACCUUGAUGCUAGUGGUCAGUCUUCUGCUGAGCCAUCAAGCACCAUUGUUCCUGAAAUAAGUACAGAAAUGACCAACUUUGCUCCUGGAACUCCAAAUGCUGCCACAGAUAUUGUCAUAAGGAGCACCACAACUGAUGCUGCCAGCAGCAAAAUCCCUGCUUGGAGUUCAGAAGACUCUAAAACUGCUAGUUUGAAUACCAAAGUUUCAGAUUAUGAGUCCACCAGUGCAGCUCUGAUCUUUCAAUCAUCCACUGACACUGUAUCUCCUAACAGCAUCUCACUCAUGAAGGGACACCAUGUUAGCAGUGAUGCUGACAGGUGGGAUCACUCUGACACUCCUCACAACCUACAGAAGCAUGAAUGGUAUGUGUUGGAAAAGCUGGUAAACCCAGCUAAGAAAACUGAGAUUGCAUCACAGGUGAACAGUAUGUCCACAACCUUCUCCACUUCAGGUUCUCCACAUAGUUCUCUCUCCAGCUCAGCCCUCAGCCCUGCUGAAGAACCCUCCCAUCAGAUCAUGGAUGUUACAGCUGUUCAGAUGGGCUCCUCCUCUAAAACCGAACUUACAGAUGUCAGAUCUGUUCCCAACAUUGGCGAUACCACCUCUCUUCCAGCUGCACCUGAUCACAUGAUCCCUACCACUGAAUGUUCUCCUCGCAGCCAGCAGGACAGCACAGAUCCUAACCCCAGUCCUGGCUGGGUUUCACCAUCCUUAGGUGAAGUUUCUGGUGACUCAGUCCUGAAAGAUGAAACUGGUUCUACCUUCAAUCCUCUGCACAGUCCUGUCCUUCCAGAGGUCACAGAACUUUCCAGCUUCUCUCUUGAUCAUCAUGACUUGGAGGGAGUUCCUGUAUCUAUAGAUACUUCCUUGAUCAGCGCUGAUGUCACUGACUCAGUCCAGCCCAUCCUUGCUGCCGUUGAGCCAGUUUGUCAUGGCUCUGAACUCGUCCAGCUCCAGGAUGAGUCAGUCUCAUCACUGAGCAUCCACACAUCUGACCUAGAAACUUGCACCUUGUUAAGCUCCUCAAACACCAUUGAGAUUGACCCUAAUGAUGACCAAUCAAAUCCACCAUCCACCAUGAGGUACACACACAUGGACAGGCCUGACCAUUCCAGGCCAGGAACUGACCUUGUUGAAGGAGAUCGACAAGAACAAGUCAGCAAGGUUUCACUCAACACUGUUUCUGAGUCUGUUUCUGCCACCACAGAUCACUUGAAUAUCUAUCCAGACAUCUCUUAUCACACUCGCACUUCUGUAACUCAACUCCAGGAAGACCGUAUGGAUGCUCAGAUAUAUUUGGAAGCAGGUGAAAGCCAUGAAGAACCGCAAAUAUUAUUUCAAGAGCACGAUGGUAAUGAACCUGUGGCACGUGGAAAUGACUUUGAGUCAGUUAACGGUCAUUUACAGACAUGUAGCAAGAGAUGGGCACUAGAAAGUGGCUUUGACAACUUGGUUUCAAAUGAGCAUGAGGUUCAGCUGAGCUCAGCAGGGGAAGAGAAGGUGGAGGAACAUCCAAACAACCAAGCAAUAGAAGUAAAAUGGGAAGCUGAGGAGACGCUGGGAUCUUUUCACACAAGAAUGAUCGAUCAGAGAACAGAAUCUCAUCAAUACGCAGAAGCUCAGGACCAGUUAGGCAGAGAGAGAGAGGUAGGGGCAGGUGAAGUAGCCCGGCAACUUUCAGAUCUGGCUAUUAUGAAACCGGACGCGCCAGUUCAGCGAGAGCGUGUGCCUGAGGAAUGCGCAGCGGCCCAUCCCUGGAGUCUGCACGAGGAGGCGUCAAUCACAGACUGCAACCUGGAAACUCGCUCUCACCUGGGGGCAGGGUACAGCCCCUCCCUGACCACACUGUCUGCCUGUGCGAUAAUGCUGCGGGAGGACGCGGCUUGGGGCGGGGCUAGUCUCCACGCUGAGAGAGAGGAUAGCAGUAUACAAGAGCAGGUGACGCUCACAGAAACCAGCAGAACAUCCAGAGAGGAUACCUACACACACCUGAAAUUCAGCUCAGGUGAAAAGGACCCAUCUGAGACACCACACGGCCGGGCUAGUCUGUACAGACCACUCGUAGUGGAGGAGGAGAUUCCUGCACCUGAGACUAACGACAGCCAGGAUACAAACAAAGCUACGGUCACCAGCAGUGCAGCCAGAAGAUCAGAAGAUCCGCAGCACCAACACAGAGCAGGUGAUCUCAGCCUCCAUCCAGAGACUGUAGCCAACAGCACCACCAGGACUUACAGUGAGAGAAGCACAACUACUGCCGGAAUCAUUGUUUACAUCAGGGAGUUUGGAGAGAAGGAAGAAGAUCACUCUACAAGAACCAGCGCUCUCUCUGACCAGCCGCCUGCACCACGCCACACGUCAGCUGGACGGUUCUCCCAUGCAUUCCCUGCCCUCAGUACAGUAGCAGAGGAGUCUGACCCAGAGAGUCCAGAGGAAAGUGCUUCUGGAUCAGAUACAGACAUGAGUUCCGGAGUUGGUGUCCUGAGCACCACUUUAACUCUGAAGCCUAAAGGCUCUCAGGAGGGCAGAGAUGAUGGCAAAAGGGUUCACAAAGUGUCCCUGGUCAGCAGCAGCAGCUCCACCAAUGGCUCGGCCCAUUAUAUGAAUGAAAACAGACUGACGGAUAUAAACGGUUCCAGCCAUGAGUCGGGCAGGGUCUUGAGUCGGUAUGAGGAGUUUGGGUCCAUUCGAGAAGAAUCCAAACCCUCUACUGUAGACACAUCUCAUUCUGACCUCUCAGGUAACACAUACCUGUAUUCCUCCCUGUCUAGCUCCAGCAGUGAGCCAACACGGUACUCCUCCCAUUCCUACUCCUUUUCCUCUGACGCUCCGCCCUCAUCCGUUUCCGUGGACACCACCGGUAGCCUUGGCAACAGUAGCUGGCGGAAUUUGAGGAGCGAAGUCCAGGAGAGCAGUGAGAACGAGGUAAGUGGGAGGAGGUGGGAGGAGCUUUCUGCGCCUGCAGGAGCGAGGGAGGUGGAAAGAGAGGGAGGAAUAACAAACACAGGCUCAGACUCGCUCACCCAGCAGUCGGACGACUUCUUCUCCGGCGUCUUCAAGGCCACCCGGGUGGAGCUGCCGUCCUCCCCGACAGACGCCGUCCCCGACCCUGGCCCGGACCCCUCCAUGCCCGCCUCCCCCCAUGACAUGGAGACCCUGCUGGACACCCUGAAGAGCAUGGGGCCACCUGUCCGUCACCGAUCCAUCCGCAACUCUUCCAGCCAGCCUUUCUCUUCACUUCCCCCCAUUGUAGAAGAUGCUCAUAGCCUUUCUUCAGCUCUCCUCUCCAGCCCCACCUCUCCUGUGCCUAAAGAGACCCUCAGCAGCCUCCCUCCAGACCUGGGCCUCAACUGGAACUCCAUGAAGGACAUGCGCUCCCCACUGACCAUGAUGAAGGAGCAACAGGGUUCAGAGCUGCUCACCAGGAACGUCAUCCUGCCUUCACGAGCUUCGGCCAUCAGCAGCAUCGUCAUGCGCAAGAGCUCCCUUCCUGACCUUAAUCUGGAGAAUGGAACUCAAGUUGACGGAGGCGGCCUCUUCGGGACGUCCCGCCUGGACCACAGCCUGAUCUUCUCCAGCUAUCGUUCAGAGACAGAGGAGAAUGGAAAAGCAUUGGGCCAUCGCUCUCUCUUCAGAACAGCUUCCCUGCCUGAGGUCAACUCUGGCCUCGACCGCCUCAGCAUGCCCCCCAUAGCCACUGACCCUCUAGGAUCUGGGACAUCCCGACUGGAGCGCCUUUCCUUCCUCACUUCUCCUCCAGGGUCCCUCACAGGGCUGAGCGAGCCGUCCCGUAUAAGCAUGUCCCCUUCGUUCCUCAACAGCUCCACCAUAGAAAGCCCGACCUUGAACAGCACGCACCCCCGCAGUCUGGAGCUCUACCACAGCCUCUCGCCAGAAUCGCCCAUCAAACAUCCCACUCGCGCCGAGGGGUCGUCCGCAGGGUCGCCUGUCUUUAACGAUGUCAUGCGAGGGUUUGGGGCUGGCCAGGAGCCGGGCCCAGAGAGAAACCUCGCGGCCAAGUACAGAGCCUUCCCUGAUGCAUAUCUUACCAAAGAGAAGGAGCACGGAAAACUCAACCCUCGGCCGGGAAAGAUGCUCAUCUAUGACCGGCCUGGAUGGUGCGGCCAGAGGAUCGAGGUGCGGGGAGAUGUGAUGGAUGCCACAGCAUGGGAGUUUCCAGCGACCAUCUCCAUUAGAGUGGUCAGAGGAGGGUGGGUGCUAUACGAGAAGCCCGACUUCAAAGGAGAGAAGAUCGCUCUGGACGAGGGAGACAUAGAGCUGACGGAUCCGUUCGGCCUGCCGGAGGACGAGCAGAACCCAAUGCAGAAUGGAACACAGGGGUCUGUAGAGGACCACGCCGAACCUAAACCAGCACGGCGGGUUGUCAUCGGCUCUCUGCGCAGAGCAGUGAGGGACUACAGCGUUCCUGAGAUCUGUUUGUUCCCGGAGGAGAACGCCGAGGGGAAGAAGGUGGUGUUCCGGGACACGUCGGAGGACGCCAGGAUCUUCGGCUUCCCCAUCAAAGCGAACUCCAUCAUCAUCAACGCUGGGCUGUGGCUGGUGUUCGCAGAGCCGUUCUUUCAGGGGGUUCCGCGGGUUCUGGAGGUCGGAGGUUUUUCAAACCCUGCAGCCUGGGGCGUCACGCAGCCCUACGUCAGCUCACUGCAUCCGCUCAAAAUAGGAGAGCCGAGAGUGGAGAAACCCAACGAGCCUAAACUGGUGAUCUUCGAGAAGCCGUACUUCACUGGGAAGAGCCGGGAGAUCUACACCAACACCAGGGACUUCAUGACCAGAGAGGACAGACAGCAGGCGGCGUUCAUGUACAGCGCUGGAUCCAUUAAGGUCAUCGGCGGCAUCUGGGUGGGCUAUGAGAAGGAAGGUUUCCGUGGACACCAGUACCUGCUGGAGGAGGGGGAGUACCAUGACUGGCGGGUGUGGGGGGGCUGUGACGCUGAGCUGCGGUCAGUCCGGGUCAUCCGAACAGACCUGUCUCAGCCCACGUUGGUGAUGUUUGAGAUGCCGAAUGAGGAGGAGGUGCAGGAGGAGCGGACGUUUGAGGUGACGGAGGCGGUUCCUGAUGUGGAGCUGUUCGACUUCCGGACGGCCACUCGAUCCAUCCACGUGCUGAGUGGAGCGUGGGUGGCGUACUCUCACGUGGACUACUCUGGAAACCAGUAUGUUCUGGAGAAAGGCUUCUACAACAACUGUGCAGACUGGGGCUCUGAAGACAACCGCAUCUGCUCCAUCCAGCCCAUUCUACAGGCCCAGUCUGAAGGCCCCAGCUUCCGCAGUGAGCUCCUGCUGUACUCAGAGCCUGGUUUCCAGGGCGUGUGCCAAGUGUUCAGUCGGAGACACGAAACUCUGCCUGAAAGACUGGGGGUCCGAUCCUGCAGGGUCAUCGGGGGGAGCUGGGUGUUGUAUAACAGCACUAACUUCCUGGGGGAGCAGUACGUGUUGUCAGAGGGGGAUUAUGCUAACUUAACCAGUAUGGGCUGCCCCCCCGACUGCCUCAUACGCUCCGUUAAAUCUGUGCCAGUGACGUUCUCAGUGCCGUCCGUCUCUUUGUUCGGUCUGGAGUGUUUUGAGGGCCGAGAGGUUACCGUGGAGACUGAAGUGUCCAACAUGAUGGACGAGGGCUAUAACCCUCACAUCCUGUCUGUCAGAGUCAACAGUGGCUGCUGGGUGUUAUGUGAGCACACUAACUACAGGGGGCGCCAGUUCCUGCUUGAGCCCAUCGAGAUCACAAACUGGCACAAGUUCAGCUCCCUCUCCUCCGUCGGCUCCAUGUACCCGAUCCGCGCGAAGCGGAGACUUUUCCGGAUCCGGUACAAAGAGACCGGACACUACAUGUCGGUGCAGGGCGGAGUGGACACUAUGAAGUCUGGGCGCGUGGUGGUGUCCAAACAGGUGGAGGGUAUGAGCGACAUCUGGUUCUAUCAGGACGGCCUGAUUAAGAACAAGUUGGCGCAGAACAUGAGUCUGCAGGUGAUGGGGAAUGUGGAGUCAGGAGCGAAGGUGGUGCUGUGGUCAGAAACCCGAACGCCUAUUCAGACGUGGAGUGCCCAGCUCAGUGGCGCCAUCUCCAGCCUCACCUUCCCCGGCCUGCUGCUGGACGUCAAAGGUGGCAAAACGUACGACAAGGAGCACGUGAUCGUCCGCAGCGAGGCUGAAGAAAAUGCUGGUCUAUGGGAGCUAGAACUCCUUUAAGCCCCGCCCCUUCAUACACACCUCUUGUCUUACCUGUUCUACCUGUUCUCUCACUUUACAUUCACAUUCCCGGAGGAACCCACUCAGUUUAAUGUUUCUCGGUUUCUCCUCAUCUAACACGCCCGGUUCUGCUGGUGAAGGUCAGCUGAUGUCCAGAUUAAUCCAGUCCUCACAGGGCUGCCAGAGUUUACCAAAAUAACCACGGACACGUUCACAGGAUUACAGGGACAUCAUUACUAUUUCUAUUAUUAUUAUUAUUAUUAUUACAUACUUUCUUAUUAAACAGCACUGUCAGCAUCAUUUAGCAUUUGUUAAGGUGGACCACGACACAUUUUGCAUUGAUGACCUCCACAUGAUGUGUGGACGUUCUGAGAGAUUCACCUGUUCACUUUUUAACAGACCUCAGAAAUGGUGACCUUCUUAAAGGGAAACUCCACCAACUUUUCAGAAGUUCUGCAUAAUUAAGUAGUUAAGAUGUAAACAGUCUUUCAGAGUGGUUCAGAGAGGUUCAGAGCAAUUUGGUCUGAAACGUUCCGUUCUAGAUAAACUUACCGAGUCAGAACUGUUCACAGUGGUGGUGAUAGGAACCAGACGUCCACCUCUAAAAGCUCCCUCACAGAAGGUUCCUACAUGAAAUGGUUAUGAAUUCACUGCCUGAUGACUGAGACACUGUUUUAUGAUAGUUUAGAGAACUUAAACUCCAUUCAUGGUGGAGGGAUACAUGCAGGGCGCUGUGAGGCAAAAUAGUCCCCAAAGAAAACUUAUUAUUUCAGAUUUUCCACUGUUUCACCAUCUUAUAAAUGCUCAGGAGACACGUGUGUGGAGUUCCUCUUUAACUGAUAUUGUGAGGUGAAAAGCUUAUUUUUUUCGUUGGCGCACUCAUCAUGAAAUGUUCAUGCAAAACAGCAGCUGGCAUUUUUAUAUUAUAUAAAAAACAAUAAAAGGAGUUCUUUCCGGACGCCGAUGACGGUAGGUCAGUGUUUUGUCCUCUUUUCAUUGGUUUGUUCUAGACUGCAGACUCAGGACUGUGUGUAUAAUGGUUACUCAUUAACGCAGCACCUUCCAUAUGAACCUCAGGAAGAGCAGCUGAUGCCUUUGGCGGUGACAGAUCACAGCCUGGCGAGGCACACCAGACCCUCCACACCCACUCAGUACAACAACAACAACGUAAAAAUCAGUUUAAAAAUACCAAAAUAGUACUAAAAUACAAUUCGAACCUGAAAAAAAAUGAAAAAUACAUCUCCAUCAGGACCACAGCUCAAAUAUAUGUUUCAGAAUUUGAAAAUGCCAUCUGCUGUUUAUAUUGAAUUAAUAUUUCAUGAUAAAUGGACCAGCAGUGGCCCAAAAUGACUUGGGGUGAAAAACAUGUUCCAUUCGCUUGCAUUCAAAGGUUAAGAAUGUUAGUGGUGCCUUUGCACUGACCCCCACUGGCCCUGACUGUUAUCCACACUCAGGCCGUCGGCACAGCUAAUGAAGAUCCAAACAAGCCAGUAAAUCAAUAACGUAUUGAACAUCUGCUCACCUGAUUAAUCUGCUCUGUACUGCAGUUCAGACCAUUAGAACCCAAGUCUGACUGACAUGAUUAAACAUAUCUAACAGUGUUAAAGUCAUAAUUCUGCUUUUCUUUGAUGCUCAGAACGUUUAUAAAUGAAAUAAGUGUGUUUACCCAGCAGCCACUGUUUAUCAUUGAAACUGUGGUGCCUACUGAGCACGUCCACCCUGCCCAGCCGGAGAGGAGGAUCUACACAUCUCCUCAAGUUCCAGAAUGUGCUAGAUUUGUCCUUUUUGAUACCAGCCAGCUGAAAGUCCAGCUCUGACUCAGACUUCUGCACCGACUCAGUUGCCUUACAGUGUAUUUAAGAUGGACGUUGAUGCGAAGCGAGACAGUCCUGUUGUUGGAUGUAUGAAUGUGACUGUGUUGAUGUUCUCAUCAGUAAUUUUGGGGUGUGGAUGUUCUCGUGUGUGUGUUUCAGUGUGAAUGUCUGUAGCUGUUGCUAUGCUAUCGGUGUUACUCUGAGGUGUUUCUAUGAAAAGGUGUUUUAGCUGCUGUCAUGCCAAAAUAUAUAGAAAUAUAUAAACAUGUUCAUCUGAGUAUUAAACAAAUGUACUGUUUUUAUAACUGUAUUCUUUAAAGUAUAAUGUGAAUUGUUAUGACAGGGAGUGGCUUCAUUUUUUUAAUAAAAAUACUAAAAAUUGA